ACGGGCUACACGCUCAUGGUCGCAGGCAGACGCACUGGCAAGACCUCUUUCCUCCGCCUCCUCCUCGACACCAGUGUCAUCUCCCCGUCCGCCACCCACGACCAGCUCCAGUCCGUCGCAAAGUUCGUCCAGGCCUGCGCGGGUUUCACCCCCCACGUCAAGUCCGUCUCCGUCAACAUCGACCAGGCCGUCGCGGACGACAAGGGCCGCCAGGACAUCCAGACCCUCGCCCUCACCCUUAUCGACACUCCCUCUCUCGACUACAACGACGAGCCGGCCUCUCAGCAGGUGGUGACCGAGAUCCUGAGGCACCUCGACACCCGCUUCUCGGACAGUAUCGAAGACGAACGCAAAGCUUUCGCCGGAGACCAUCAUGUCCACCUCUGCAUCUACUUCCUCGAUCCCGAUGUCAUUGUGCCGCCCUCGGUCGUCCCGCCAGCACCUCUCAUGUCUCGCACUCGCAACAACAGUCUCUCCAAGCCCGACCUCGACCCCGUCAUCCUCGAGCCACCAGUGACCACCAACCCGCUUCUUUGUCGCCCAACCCUUCCGCAAUCCGACAUUUCCACCAUCCGGCGUCUCUCCGCCCGGGUGAACGUACUCCCGGUCGUAGCCCGCGCGGACGUCUUGUCCAUUGAUCGGCUCGCAGCCGUCAAGCUCGCCGUCCGCCGCGACCUCGCCGCUGCUGGCAUCGGCUUUGGCAUCUUCGACGGCGAGAUACAGGGCCAGUACUCGUACGGCAGCGACGUCCCCGACCUCAUCGUGCCCAAGGUCGGCCCCGACCACGCUAGCACCUACAACGGCAACGGGACGCCCAACAGCUCUUCGCCAGGAGGGCCCUCGCCUCCGUCGACCCCCAUCGCACCGCAUCUAUUGCGGCUUCCCUUCGCUUUGAUUUCCCCUGAUGGCUAUUCUCACAGCGACGGCGUGGCCAGACCGGCGCUUCCACGACAUGAACUGCUCAAAGACUACACGCCUUCCCAUGACAGGACCACCAAACAGCUGGCCGCAUCCAAAAUCAUCCGCGGCAAGUGGACCAGGAGCUACAGGUGGGGCGGUCUCGACUGCAUGGACAUCAACCACUGCGACUUCCUGCACCUUCGGGGCGCCGUCUUCUAUCACAUGCGGACGUUGCAGAAGUACACCCGCGAGUACCUGCUCGAAAAGUUCCGGGCGGAAUACCAGCCCCCGUACGCCGCCGCCAUCGCCCGCAUGCAGCGCUCGUCUCCUGUCGUCGCUCGCAUGCCACAGCAGAUCCCGCUCGGAGCGCGGCCUGUCCUUGCGAUAGACACCGCCCCGACACACGUGCCGAACAGGCCCGCGUCUCAUUCCGUUUCCCACAGCGCGGAGAGUGGUCUUUCGUCAGGAAGGACCGCUGUCAACCCUGAGCUGUCGCCCGUUACCUCCUCUUCAGCUGUCGGCUCCCAGCGGGUACGGACGAAGAAGACCAAUGUGGCAUGCAACUUCUGCCGCUCCCGGAAGCUCAAAUGCGAUGGCGGGCGCCCUGCUUGCAGCCAAUGCUUCAAGCGGUCGCACCCUUGUGACUACACCCCGAGCCACAGGCGUCGCGGGACCAAGAAGCGCAAGUCGGACGACGGAAGCGAAAGUGAUCUCGAGAUGGACAUGGAGAGCGGCGAACCCUCGGGAGACAUGGAGCCGUCGAUGUCGCCCGACAUCCCUUCACAGCCCCAUUCCCGCAGGAAUUCAAACGCGGUGGACAUGAUGAUGGAGAACAAGCUACCGCCCAUUGAUCGCCCUGAACAGCACAACACAGUCCUUCCGCCAAUCUCGCAUCCAUCAUCCAUGUUGAUGCAAGGGCCGCCCCCGCAGGACCGUGGGUACCCGAAGCACGAGCUUCCGCCUAUCGCCACGCUUCCGGCCCCUGCGGGGAGCGACAUGCAAGACCUGCAGACCCUGGCGCCGCUGCGCAACCAGGCAGACAUGCAGCCGCCGCCCCAGCAGCGGCGGCGCACGUCUUCCGCCGCGUCCACGAAAGGACGCCAAAACGGCUACGGCUCCAAAAUCGUGGCCUGCAACUUCUGCCGAGCGCGCAAAACCCGGUGCGACGGAGGGCACCCCGCGUGCAGCAGCUGCGCGCGGCGCUCGCUGCCGUGCAACUACGUGAACGACCCGUCCUCGGGCAACCCCAAGGGCCGUCCGAAGACUGCCGGAGGGUCGUCGGCUGGACCCUCGGCCCCGCCGUCGACGCGUUCCUCCCCUACGGCUCAAGCUCAGGCAGGGCCUAUGGCAGGGAUCCCGAACGGCUUCAUCCACCACAUACACCCUGCGGACGGCGCCGAGCCGGAACGUCGCAGCUUCGACCUGGACGCGCCGCCGGCGAAGAAAAUGAGGAUCGCGGACGACCUGGCGCCCCUGCCGGUGGCGCACCCCCUCACCGUGUCCUCUGUUAAUUAGAUGUGUCUCUUGUUUCGCUCUGCGCAAUUCACACGACCGACUACAAAUUCAACACACAAGAUCAGCAAGCCUUCUUUUUUUUCUCUCCCUCUCUUUCCUCGCAGUUGUGAAUAUUGUCGUACAUAUUUUCUCAAGUUUCUCCUCCUGCCACACCAACUGUGCAUGUCCGGAUCUCAUUGAUUAACGCAUAUUCUGUAGACAUAUCCUGGCUCGGCCCUCCCAUUUUCUUGCUUGAACGCGUCCUGUGAUAUCAGUAACUGCCGCUUCACCUGGGUUUUACAGCGUGUGUCCUAUUCCUGUCUCUCCCUCGAUAUCCGCAUCGGAAAAAAAAAUGUACUAGUAGCCUACGUUGCCUGCGACCCCGUGCGCAGACAGAAAAAGACUCACAAUCCUACCUC